AUAUGCUUUUGUUUUGCCUGGAAUGUUCCACAAAAUGGUCAGUCUCCAUGGUGAUAAGGAGCACCACCAAACCACUAUUUUGGCAAUAAAAACAGCAUGAGUACAUGUACAAUAGUUGAGUUUAAUGAAUCUUUAAAUUGUCCAAAAAAAAAUUAAAUAGGCCUAUAUUUAUUUUUUCGAAAUAAAGACUUCAAUACAUUAAUCAAAGGACAAAAUGCCAACUCAUUUUCAGCAUCAGUAUUGUAGUCCCACAUUCAAAAUGUAACAUUUGUUUACAAAUACAUGCUUAUUUUAGUUUCACAAAUUUUCGAGAGAUGUGGUUGCUAUAGCAGCCAGUCACAACACUGAUCAGGACGCGAAUAACUAGCCAAUCAGAGUGUGCCGUCUGUGUCACGUGGUUGGUGUCACAGUGAGUUUAGUUUUAAAUCAUGUUACCAGUGUCUACUUCAAACGGCGCACAGACGCAGGGGGCACAGGACACUGGACACUUUAGAAAAAAACAAGGAUUAAACAUGUUCAACAGCAUAUUUAAAGAUUUUGAGGAAGAUCCUUUUUUUAGGGAUUCAUUCCGUGCACACAGGGAACAUAUGCAGCACUUUACGCGUAGCUUCUCCGAGCCAUUUGAUGCGUCUCCAUUGCCAAGUUUGACGGAUGGAAGGGACCAGAGCGGCAGGAUGGCGCAACUGUCAAACUCACCCCAAGCACUUACACAAAACCAACGGGACAUGAGUCGGUCAUUAUUUUCAUUCGGCAGCUUUGACAACAUGGACCUAAUGAGGAACCCUUUUGGCAUAGUCAACAAUAUGAUCACUAAUAUGAGAAAGAGAGUGGACAUGCCCCGGGAUUUUGAGAAUGGCCACUCUUUCAGCUCUUCAUCAGUCAUGACUUAUUCUAAGGUUGGAAAUGAGCCGCCCAAGGUCUUUCAGGCCAGCUCAUCAACACUCCGUGCUCCUGGAGGGAUCAAGGAAACUCGUCAAUCCAUCAAAGACUCUGAGAGCGGUUUACAAAAGAUGUCCAUUGGUCACCACAUUCAAGACAGGGGUCACAUUAUGGAAAAGAAGUAUAACAACAAAACUGGUGAAAAGGAAUUCAACCAGGAUUUUGAGAAUCUAGAUGAGUCUGAAGCAGAGGCAUUUGAUGAAGAAUUUAAGCAUAAGGUGUCUAAAUUUAAAUCUGACGGCCAUAGGUCUGUGGCUAUAACAUUUAACCAAGAGCAAGGCCACAGAGAACAACCCAGAAUUGCUACUAAGAGAGAACCGGGCUCUAAACGGCAAUGAAGAUUUGUAUUAUUAAAGUGUUCAAAGCAAUAGGCUAUAAUUGUGCUCUGCAUUCUUGCACAUACAUAAUAUUCAGCUUUAUGUUUUCUUUUAACCUACUCAUAGUGUACAGUGUAUUAUCCUGCUAUAUAUUUGACCACAGUUUUCUUUCUUACUACAAUAGCAUCCUAGGAGAAGAAAGGAUUAGAAGAUAGAUUUUGUUUUAAACCUUUUUGUUACAACCUUAGCAUAGAUUGCUUUUGCUUUAAAUGCAUAAUAUCUGCACAAUUGUGAAGCAAGUUAAAAAUAAAUAUUGUGUCCUAUAUUAGCACCCCUUACACUUGGGCUGCAAGUGGCCAUCCAAUGAACAGGAUGGCCGAGAAAAGAAUGUGAUUUAUGUUGUUCUAAUACAGUUUUCACUUUUUAUAUUGCUACUACUUUUUUUUUUUAUCAAAUGAAGUAUUUGUGAAGGCCCUGUUGUAUCACUUGCACAAUUUGUGUGUGUUUGUACUUUUAUUCAAUUCAGAAUUUUGUUGAAACAAUUUGUUACUGUAUACUUUAUAAAAUUAGAUUGCCACUUUUUUAUUGAUAGCCUUUCAUAUUUUUCAUCAAAAUCCCAAAGAAUAAGCUAAUUGAACUUAUCUUUCAUUAUGUUCAAAAUAAACGUGUGUCAGUGAAAUAAUAAAACAUAUUUAAAUGAUGUCUAGAUAACAAUUAUUUACAGCAAGUAUGCAUGCCUUGUUAUAUGCCCAUGCCAGAUCAGAAAUCUGGCUUAAUUGCAGAAUUAGAAAGAUUUUAGCCCUGGAAUUGAAAUUUCUGCUGAACACAAGGUCAAACGUAGCUGUUGUCAUGAAGCAGUAGUUUUCAAGUUAUCACAAGAUGGAACAUAGCAUUUUGAGCUCUGGUGAUGUACACAGACUAAUAAAACAGAAUUACUCAAACGUGCGUGAAUGAAAUAAAACAGCUCCAGGUAUAUGAAUAUUUUAACAUGGCUUGAAGGUCACAAGAAAGGUUUUCGUGUA